UCCUCGGUGCAGCAGACACACGAGCACACCACACAGACACACGAGCACACCACACGCCAGCACAGACCAUGAGGAAUGCGGCAGUUGACGCGCAAAUGAACGGCGGCGGCGCCUCUUCGUCGCCCAUGAUCCCGCCGCCGUUCUGGUCGACGCCGACGCCGUACCUCUUCAUCGGCUUCGCGGUGGUGAUGAGCCUCAUCGCGGUGGCGCUGGCCGUGCUCCUCUGCUCCCGCCGCAGGGAGGGAGACCGCGAGGACGAGGAGGCGGUCCCGGCCGGGAUGAUGUCCGUGCGCGUGCUGACGCCUCUGGACAGGGAGGUGCCCAAGGUGGUGGUGGUGAUGGCUGGCGACGACAUGCCGUCCUUCCUCGCCAGCGCCACGCCGCUCGCCUUCGCUGAGGCGGCUAAGGUGCAGCGCCCGUACUGCCAGUGCGGCGCCAAGGACGUCGCCGCCCCCGUAUAGCUAACUGUGGCUCUCUCGCCGCAGAUCGACGCCGCAAUAUAUAUAUGUGUGUCGAUCAAAUCGAAUGGGAGGAGUUAAAUUUUGUUUCUUUUAUGUAGAUUAUUACAGUAGUUUACAUCAUUUUCCUCCCUAAUUACUGGAGUAGUUUUGGUGCAACGAUGCGAAUGCGAUGCUGUGGCCUUGUCGAGGUGGCUUGUUGUUCGGAGCUUCAGAGCAUGUAGCGAGUGCGCAAUUAAUAUGCUAAUUUGGUUGCAUAAGAUUUCCUGGUCUUAUAAAAAAAAUUAAAUGUGAGCAUGA